AUGGGAUUCCUCGACUUCCCCUUCGCCGGUGGCGCCGCGGGCUCUCAGCAGGACCCCCGCAGGUUCCCCGGGCACGAGGAGGUCCUCCGGUACCUGGAGGCGUUCGCGCGGCGGUUCGAUCUGCUCCGGCUCGUCCGCUUCCAGACGGAGGUGGUCAGGGUGUGCAGGUGGAACGACGGGAGGUGGGCGGUGACGUCUAGGAAGCUUGGAGAGAAGGGGAGCGGCGCCGGCGAGGAGGAGUUCUACGACGCCAUCGUGGUUUGCAAUGGCCACUACACGGAGCCACGCAUCGCCGCUAUUCUUGGGGUAGAUGCUUGGCCAGGUAAGCAGAUGCAUAGCCACAAUUACCGUGUGCCGGAGCCAUUCCUCAAUCAAGUAGUGAUCAUAGUCGGGGCCUCAGCAAGUGCAUUUGACAUUUCAAGAGACAUCGCAUGCGUAGCGAAAGAGGUCCAUGUCGCCGAUAGAUCGGCACCAGCUCCCACAUGUGAGAAGCAGCCUGGGUACGAUAAUCUGUGGUUUCAUUCCAUGAUUGACCACGCACUGGAGGAUGGAAAUGUGGUGUUCCAGGAUGGCAACUCAAUCAGAGCUGAUGUCAUCAUGCACUGCAUUGGCUACCUGUAUGAUUUCCCUUUCCUUGGAGAUGACAGCACUAUCACCGUGGAUGACAACCGUGUCAAUCCACUAUACAAGCAUGUUUUCCCACCGGAAGUGGCUCCUCAACUGUCCUUCAUCGGAUUGCCGUUGAAGGCUAUUCCUUUUCCACUAGUUGAACUCCAAAGUAAGUGGGUUGCUGGAGUUCUAUCUGGAUGGAUCAAGCUUCCAUCUAAAGACGAAAUGAUGGAAGAUGUGAAAGCUUUUUAUUCAAAACUACAAGCAUGUGGAUGGCCUAAGAGAUACACACAUAACUUAUCAAAGUGUCAGUUUGAGUAUGAUGAUUGGCUUGCUGAGCAAUAUCCACCAAUCGAAGAAUGGAGGAAGCAGAUGUUCACUAUUAAUUUAAAGAACAAGACAGCUCGUCCUGAGAGUUUUCGUGAUGAGUGGGAUGACUAUCAUCUAGUGGCUGAAGCAAAUGAAGAUUUCAAGAAAUUCUUGUAA